AAAUACAUUUAAACAAUUUCCUAUACCCUACCCCUCAAAUAUUAUAAUCAACCAUGCUUUCAUCACCUUCAAGAACUAACCCAUUCAUAGUUCCACGCUCUCAAAAAUCAUGUUCAUCUCUCAUUUCUUCCUUGCUAAGUUGCUAACUAGUAUUAAUAUUCUUCAUCUCUCUCACCUUCUCUAACUUUUUCCAUGGCCAAAACCAAACCUCCGAAAUCCAAAACCUCGAAUUUUUUUCUAUGUUGCUUUCGAUCAACUGAUUCUCCAACCGUUAAAGAGUCUAAUCGAAUUCCGAAGAAAAAGAGAACUAGUUGGUUUUCAUGGAGAUGGAUUCGAAUCAAAACAAAGUCAACGUCCAAAACAGUGCCCCUUGAAACCUCAUUCACCAAUGUUAAGGCCUUUUCAAAGUCUCGGUCAACUCUUCUUCAUAAAUCUAAAACUCCACCCACCAAUUCUCCAUCGUUAGCUCCACCGUCUAUGGCACUCCCGGCCACCCCGUAUCAUUCACCCACACAGACAAGGCAUGGUCCAAAUAACAACGCUAUUAUAGAAGAAACGCGUGAACAAGGUAGAGCAACUCCAACACGACCAAAACGACAAGAGCGGAGGGUGUCGUUGGCAACGCAAAACCAAACGACAAGAAAGAACCGCCAAAACGCAAGGGGUUGGUAUGAUCCUAUAGUUGGAAUGUCCGUACUCGUUGUGACAUUAGUUAUAAUGAUAUUUUGGGGUCGUUUUUGUGCGAUUCUUUGUACUUCUGCGUGGUUGUAUUUUAUACCGCGUUUUAGAAAGAGCGGUGUUGUAAAUGUAAACGACGAGGAAGAAGCGAAAUUGGAGUUGAAAAAUGAUGUGGAUUUGGAUUCUGAGGAGUAUAAGAAAAGAGUGAUUAUGGAGGGACUUCUUGGGAGAAAUAACAGAGGUAAUAUUUGAUGUGAAGAUUAUUUUUUUAUUUGAAAAAAAGAAAGAAAGAAGAAGAAGAAUCUUGGGAUUUUGUUUAAGGUAGGACAGUAGGUGGGUUGUUUGUAGAUCAUGUCGUCUAUUAGUGGCUGCUUGAAAUUUUGUCUAAAUUGGUAUAUACUAUUAUAUAUAUGUGACAAAGAAAUUAAUUGUAAA